CCUGGAUGUCAGAGGGAACUGUCUUGAGGUUGGCAGCCCUGGUGACGUCAUUAUGGCCUAUCACCUGUUUGUCCUCGGAGCGAUGUGAAGGUCCGUUCACCUGUUCACCACCUUCCCCUGUUCACCAUGGGCGUCGGCCGGCCGGGAGCGGGCAUCACAAGCCCCGUGAAAAUCGUGGCCAAUAUUUUCAUCUCUUUUAUAGGUGCUGGGAUGCUGGGACUGCCCUUUGCAUUCAAGGAGGCAGGUAUAAUGGAAGGAGCCUUGAUCAUGGCAGUUGUUGGGUACCUGAGUGUUGCAGCCAUGCUGAUGCUGAUUGACUGCAAAUACGCCAUUCUGUCCUCAGGAGGCAGAGCAGGGGGCAGAUCUAUUAUUAUGGAGAAAAAGGUGCCGCUAUUACCUCCAGACUCCUCAGAUGACGAGGAUGAGGACGAGCGCCACCCGCCCACUCCCUCCACAGACCUCACCUAUGGGGAUGUAGGGCUCUAUGCAAUGGGUCCCGGUGGCAAGCGUCUCGUUGAUAUUGCCAUUGUAGUUUCGCAGAUUGGGUUCUGCUGUGGGUACCUGAUAUAUUUGUGUAAGAACCUCAACCUGUACAUUCCAAGAAUCAGCCAAAAAGUAUGGCUGAUACUCCUCUUGCCUCCUCUAUACCUCCUCACCCUCCUGAGGCACCUCAACAAAUUAGCUGUCUUCAGCUUGUUUGCCCAGAUCUCCAACGUGCUUGCACUGGCUGUAGUGUUCUGGUUUGACUUCUCACAUUCAGAGGAGGUGCCUUUCCAGCCCAAUGAGUUCUCUAUAAAGGGGUUCCCAUUCUUCUUUGCAGUGUCAAUCUAUUGCUAUGAGGGUGCAGGCAUGAUUUUUUCUCUAGAGGAAUCUGUUGCAGAGAAGAAGCGAGACAAGUUCCGCUCGAUAUUUGUGUGUACAAUGACAGGACUCACCACACUGUACAUAUGCUUUGGUGUGUCGGGAUAUGCAUCCUUUGGUCCACAUACAAUGGACAUCAUUACCUUGAACCUGCCUCAUAGCAGCGGGUCAGUGGAUUUUGCAGCCUUGGUCAAGAUUUGCCUCGGAAUUUCGCUCUUCUUCACCUACCCAAUGAUGAUGUUCCCUGUAACACAUCUCCUUGAUAAGACAUUUGGACUGCAAAAUGCACCUCAUAAGGGGAACAUGUUACGAGUGGUGCUGGUGAGUUUGACGGGUUUAGUUGUGAGUGCAGUUCCAAACUUUGGCAUCUUGAUUAGCCUUAUUGGUGCCACAUGCUGCACUCUCUUGGCAUUCAUCCUUCCUGCUGCCUUCCAUCUCUCCAUCUUCCGGCAGAGACUUACAAAGCGACAGUGGUACUUCGACAUGUUCUUGGUUGUGCUGGGUGUUAUAGGCUCUGUGGUGGGUCUCUGGGACGCCUUCAACAGGAUGAGUGAAGGUCAUGACCCACUGCUGGAGGUUAAUGAGUUUUCACAGUCAACGGGGAGAAACAAUAGCCUCCACAACCACGUCAAGCAUCUUCAUGGAGGAAUAUAAGCUCAAAAUUCCAUAAUGUGAGGGGAUAUGGGAAAAGAAAGACAUCUGACUGACAGAACUUGGUAAGUGAUUUUGUAUGAAUAGAGUUUUAUUUUUGUUUGUAUUUAUUUUUUUUAUCUUUUAUUGUUUACAUCUUUGUGAGUGUUUCUUUCUUUUGAACUGCAAAAUUUGGAAUUCACAAUACCCAUUAUCCUUUGACGUCAAUUAAAUUUAUAAACAAUGAAUCGUGGCUAAAACAAAACCAAAAAAACACGCACACGCACAAGCAUGCGUGCACGCACACACGCACACACAGGCACAUGCACACGCACACACACGCACACGCACACACACAUUAGUAAGGUGAGUCAAAGGAGCAGUGGGUUGUUGCUUUUAUCACCAUCUAUGUUCAUUUAAUAUUUCAGUCUUCUUUUAAGUGAAUUUGCUUGAACUUGAAUUAGCAAUUCAUACAUUCUUUUUAUGGAUUCACCUUAUUUGAAAGUGGUUGAUUGGUUGUGCACCAUAAACUUAAUUGUUUCAUUUCUUUUUCUUUGUGAUAGGGGUAAUUAUUUUAAUUUCUUUCCUUUCCGAGUCUUGGUUAGUAGUGUUGACAGAAUUUAUUGGUGUGAUACAACUGUUGAUUGAUUUUGCUGGUGUUUGCAUGAAUUUUUGCCUGCUUGAUGGGAUAACACCAUGUUUUGACUUUGAGCAAGUUUUAAAACUGAACAAACUUGAUAGACAGAAGUUUGUAUCCCCCCAAAAAAAAAGUAUUACCCGUAGAGGAAAUUAAAUGUGAUACAAGUUUAUUAUAUUCAUGCCUCAUUUAUUUUUUUUUGUGUCCCUUGUGUGUAAAAACUUUGAUGCAGAUCAUGCAUUAUAUUUUAUCAGGAAAAUGCUUUUUUAUAUGUUUUUUUGACAUUAAAAAAAUGUUUUUGAUUAUAGCAAUAAACUUCUAAUUGUGUGUUUUGGUUGUAAAGUGUACAGUUAGGGAGGAAAUAUUUACAUUUAUGUACAGUUUAUUUUUAUGGUUGUGUAGGAAUGUGAAUAUCUGUGUUCAAUAACAAUAUUAUUCAUGUUUGCAAUGGCAGUACCUGUUGUGUAUUUGUUUAGAUUUUCUUUUAUCAUGUACUUCUGCUCAAAAGCACCUAAUAAUUCUGGAAUCAUUUACAUAACUUAGUGUUCAUGACAUGACUUGGUUGUAAACUGGUUAUUAUUAUAUGUAAACACUUAAUAAUUAUAACUGUACAAAUGUAUUUGGAGAAAUAACUGUUUUGUAUAUUAUUGUAUAUUAUUUAGUGUUGUUUAAUUCCUGACUGAGUGUUUGAUAUGCUUUUUUCCUUCAUUGGGUGAGUUUAUCAAACACCCAAGUAAAGGACAGGGUAUAUUAAUGGGUGUAGAUGUUGGGGAAUGGCAAGGGGAGAGUGUGGGGCUCAUGAGACUACUGUACUUACAGGGAAGAAUUUGAUUUUAUAUGGUAAGUUUCAUUCCAGUGAACAAUUCCCAUUCUGUCAGCAAGUGUGAUUGAGUAUGAAGUUUUGAUUGACCCCAUACCCCACCCCCAAGGCAUAGGAGAAGAAGAAAAAAGCAGUUAUAAAAAUUGAUUUAUAUAUUUUUAUAUGGUGUAAAUAUACAGUUAACUUUGAGGCAGUCCCAAACCUUGUUACUUAUAAAGCUUUGAACAGGUGAAUGUGUUGUUUUCUAAGCAUAGCUUGUUUUAUUGAUGGAAUCUAUUUUUAUGACAUUCUUUACUCUUCAGUGGAUAUUGCCACUGUCAUAUAUCUUUCAAAUUGAAAGUUGCAGAAAUAAUGUAAAAAAAAAAAAAAAAAAAAAAAAAAAAAAAAAAGAUCAUCUAAGGAUGCAUGAACACCUAUGUAUGCUAUGCCUAAUGUCUUAUUAGUUUCUUUUUUCAUAAUUAAA